CGCAGACAGAGACACGCCCUUUCAAGAGCCUGCAUAAUCCUGCAUGUUCACCUAGCAACCCUCGGCUCAUAAAUAUUAGUGUGCGUGCAAACGGAGUCUCAUAUGUUCACUGGCUAUCACUAAGACACGACCAACAAGGGCCGGAGACCCCGCCGAGAAAACUCACAUAUCCAGAACCGACCCAAGAAUUUUUCUUUCCAGUGCCCUUUGAAUCUUUAUUCCGAGCCUUCCAAGGCUGCUUGGAAGGGGUUGACUGGGCAUCUAAAUCCUCGUUCAUUCAUUCCAAGGACUCAAGCAUCGACACCAAGUUGACUGCAUUGCUUUAAAGGUCGGAGCCAACGACUUACAACUUAUUCUGGAACACCGUCUGAGACCUCCAAUAGCUCGUCGGAAGGGCCAGCAACGCCUCUUCAGCGCUAUGCUUUCCUUGUCUUCGCUUCUCAACCCCAUAUCUACCUCAGAGUCUCGAUGGAUUAGUUUACCUUCGAGCUCUCCAUCUUACUAUUCGCAUCUAUCUCCAAACGAAAGCCCGCGACCCAGUGGCCAACAGUCUUCAGCAAAAUCUAAGAUGAGUAAAGAUGGUGCUGUCUUUUUCAAAGGCAAGGUCAUGGGAACUGUUAUGUUUCCUCCGUUUGAGAACCUUGACCCGGAGAGUGUUCGGGAAGUCCAGAAGUAUAAGGUAUUUCCCCUCGGAGAGAUUGUGAAAUAUCCUCGCCAUAUCCCAUACAACAGCGAGAAGAAAAGCUUCCUUGAGAAAACUGGUCGACACAGCUUUGAAGUUUUCCAAUACACAUUCCGACUUCCAGGCGAAGAAAAAGAACACACGGUAAUGUGGGACUACAAUAUCGGGCUUGUCCGUAUUACGCCUUUCUUCAAGUGCUGCAAUUACUCGAAGACCAUACCAGCCAAGAUGCUUAAUAUGAACCCGGGGCUCAAAGAAAUUACCCACAGCAUCACAGGAGGUGCACUUGCUGCUCAAGGAUACUGGAUGCCAUAUCCAUGCGCCAUGGCGUUAUGCGCAACCUUCUGCGCCAACAUCGCUGGCGCCCUCAUUCCGAUAUUCGGGCCCAGUUUCCCAUCACAAUGCACACACCGUGAAUCUCCUCUCUGUGGGCGAAUGGUUAUCGAACCAUCGGUCAUUAUCCACGGCACCAAAGAAGCUAUAGCCUUCCGUUCCGCAGCCACAAAUGGUCCCACGUCCAACCCAUCUUCAUCCGCAUCUCAAAAUCCGACGCCCAGUCCAAGCCAGCGAACGGUUCGAACAAUUGACUCUGUGUCACCCCGAAGUACACCCAAUGAUUUUCCCGUUGCUCACGAGCAAGCUACGAAGAGAUUGAAGCCAAAAUGCCGAGGACCCCUCCGCGGCGAAAGCACAGACACAGAGUCUGAGACGAGCAUGCCAUACCAAAAAUUCGACCGGGCACAAUUCUCGGGGCCGCCCACGCCAAUGACAGCGUACACCCCUCUUCCAUCGUCACCUGCUUCUGGCUACACCUCGUCCGGCUGGACAGCGGCAAACACGCAUCCCCAGGUGCGAUUUGCGCAACAAAAUAAGUCUGCAUUCUCAUCCAAUGCGAAGAUCGCUUCGAGGGAGCAUGAAAUACAGCGCCAGGCCCCGAGUUGGAGACCUCGAGCUCUCCGACACCCUCCAACGCCGCCGUAUCCGGCAACUCCAAACCAAAGUCCGGUUGCAAGCCCUUGGCUAAGCGCCAUCCCCCGCACCGUAGGUGACCAUGGGUUUGGAGCCCAGGCACUGAACCAAAACACUCUUCCACCGAUGAGGCAUCGCGGCUUGGUUGGGUUGGGGAUCAGAGGGGUUGGUAUGGAUGAGGAGGUCUAUGAUGCGGAUAGUGAUGGCAGCCCAAACGUCAGCCCAAAGCGUAUAAAGUGGGAAAGGGAGGUAACCAAGGAGGUGGAGAGCCAAAAUGGAAGCCCAGGAAAUGUUGAGUGGCUUGCAAAGGUCAACUCAUCCCUGGAAAAGGGAGUGGGCGAAGAAGAGAAGAGUGCGGCGCUGAUGCUUAUGUGUCUUAGCGUUGGCGAGGGGAACGGAACUGCCCAAGGCAUGAAGAGAAAGAGGGCAGCAAGUUUGUGAAGGUUGAAUCGGAAUGUCACUGGCAAUUCGCAUUUAAGGUUUGAAAUUGAUGCAGGUUGGAUACACUGAAUAUGAGCACACGGUAAAUUCACACGAGCUAUGUCGAUAUGAUGACGGCCAUAGGCAGGCCAUGGACACAACGAAUAUGGAGAAAAGGGG